CAAUAGUGAAUCGCUUGGAUCUUUCAUAACUUGAAUACGGAAAUUGCUUGUCAAAACAUUCUUUCUAUUUUAGAUUAUACUGCGUUGUCAAUGUAUACGUUUUUUAAAAUUGGGAAAAAAUACAUUAGGUCGCGCUCACUACGUUACUUAAAACAAAUCCAAUAUGACUGCGCAAAUUUAAAUAUAAACCGAAUUGUUUCGACACAUUCAUUAAUUGUGCUUGUUAGAGAAAUAUAAAAACGUACAUAGCAACAUUUGCCUACUGAAAAUUGCAUCUGGCCAUUUCACAGCUAUGCCACUGUUUGGCAAAAAGGACUCGGGCAAGAAGGCCAAAUCAAAAGACACAAAAGAGUUAAACAAACAGAUUUCGAUUGAAGAGAAAUAUAACCUCCACGGUCUAUUAGGAACGGGAGCUUUUUCUGAGGUGCGCUUGGCUGAAAGUAAAGAGACACCUGGUGAUCAUUUUGCCGUGAAGAUAAUUGAUAAAAAAGCUCUAAAGGGUAAAGAAGAAUCGUUGGAAAAUGAGAUACGAGUACUUCGAAGGUUCAGUGCAAAUCAUUUCGAUGGCAACAGUUCGAAUGGAGAGCGACUUACACAUCCUAAUAUUGUGCAGCUACUAGAAACUUAUGAAGAUAAGGCAAAAGUGUAUCUGGUUAUGGAAUUAGUAACUGGUGGAGAAUUAUUCGACCGGAUUGUAGAGAAGGGCUCGUACACAGAAAAAGACGCAUCACAUUUAAUAAGGCAAAUCUUAGAGGCUGUCGACUAUAUGCAUGAACAGGGCGUUGUACAUAGGGAUCUAAAGCCCGAAAAUCUAUUAUAUUACAGUCCACAAGAUGAUAGUAAAAUAAUGAUAAGCGAUUUCGGAUUAUCGAAAAUGGAAGAUUCCGGUAUUAUGGCAACAGCUUGUGGAACUCCUGGAUAUGUUGCACCUGAAGUUCUAGCCCAAAAACCAUAUGGGAAGGCUGUUGAUGUCUGGAGUAUAGGGGUGAUAUCUUAUAUACUGCUCUGUGGCUACCCCCCAUUUUACGAUGAAAAUGAUGCCAAUUUAUUUGCACAGAUUCUUAAAGGUGAAUUUGAAUUUGAUUCGCCUUACUGGGAUGAAAUUAGUGAAUCAGCGAAACAUUUCAUCAAAAACUUAAUGUGUGUUACAGUUGAAAAGCGAUACACAUGCAAACAAGCAUUAUGCCAUCCUUGGAUCUCGGGUAAUGAAGCCAGCAGCAAAAACAUUCACGGCACUGUUUCGGAACAACUUAAGAAAAACUUUGCUAAGUCGCGUUGGAAGCAAGCUUAUUAUGCUGCCACCGUCAUCCGACAAAUGCAGCGAAUGGCGUUAAGUAGUAGUACGGCUAAUGUAAUUGAUGAAACGCCAUCUAAUAGUAUAACUGGCAAUGGUAACCAACGAAAUUCUGUUGCAAAGGAGACUCCUAGUAAUGUAGAUGCAUCUUUUAAAGCAGCGCAAUUAAGCACUUCAACCGAUUUGAAUUUGGAGGAAUCAGCGCAAUAAUCAUCGGAGACCCAUAGCGACAUGAACAAUCCUCUUCAAAGAAUCUCGCCAAAUUGUAGUGUCCGUGGCCAAACCGAACCAACUAAGUUCGUCUAUAGCAAGAUAAUAUACUGAAUUGUUUACAAACCUCAUCCCUAUAAAUUAAUUAAAAUCGGAAUGCUAUUAAGUCGUUUUCAACUCAAUUUUAAUUUAUUCAAAAUUUGUUUUGAUUUACGAGGCAGAAAUCAGCACAUGUUCAUCAUAAUUUAAGUUAGAGGUACCCAAGCUUUGAUUACGACAGAAUAAUAAGCAAUACACAUAAAUAAGACCAUAAUUAUAUUAUAUUUGUUUGUUAGAUUUGUAUUUUCUUUUUGUAGUGCUUACUACAGAGAGAGUGUUGUGUAUAUGACAACGAUUGGCAGCAAUUUGGCGGGGACACCUCUGACUUAAAUGCUAGAUAACCUGAAAUUGUACAUUUUCCUAUUAAUUUCACAACUUAAUAUUUGUAAAUUUGAACUACUUAUAUAAAUAUUCUAAAACAUUUUGAAAUUUAAUAAUAAAAAUUGUUUAAAUACCCUUCAAAAUAUUUUUUUUAUCCUUUUUGAUAUUUAAUAUGAAAAAUAUAUGGUCACGAAAUUAAAAAGUUAUGAAUGUUAAUCGAAUGUUAUUUUUAUUAAGCUAAGUCGUUUUAAUAUAUAAAUAACCUUCGGCAUAUUAAUUAAUUAAACCUUACUCCAAUAUGGGAUUAAGAAAACGACCUUUAUACUGAAUAUACAAGUCCGUGACUGGCUUUCAACAUAGACUAUGAAUUUAUGCUAAUACAAUAUAAUUAUUAUAGAUAUUUUUCUAGAAGCACUUAAUGAAACAUUUUCUGUAAAUUAGAUUAUUUAAACAAUUAGCCAACAGAUGUUACUUUUGAAAUUUGUAAAUAUUAGAUGGUAUUACAAUUUUUUAAUAUAUUCGAAAUAGCUAAAACAUCACGUUAACAUAAAUCAAGUAGCGGUUUGUAUUAUUUUUUAUUUUUAUUAUAAAUAAAUUGGAAGUAAAAGAUUUCGCAUUUUAAAAAACUACGUUAAUCAAACCAUAGGGACAAACAUUUUAUGGUAAUUAGUUAAAUCCAUGGAAGAUGCUAUUAUUUAUCUAUUACAUACAUAUGUACAUAUUAUUUUAUGCUAGAAAUAAUGUAAAUUACAUGGUCCCAAGUUUCACAGCAAAACUCAAACUCUUAUUUUAAAAUUUACGAAUACGUGCUGGUAAGCGAUCGGUCAAGGUAAGUAAU